UAAUGUGUGAGUGGCCUUAACAGACCCACCUGGAAGUAGUGACGUGAUAACCAGCGAGGCAGGUUGUAUUUACACUCUUUGUCCUCUUACUUGAAAUUCUAAGAAACUCUGAAUCAAAUAAUGUUGAGACUGUAUUACGACCUGUUGUCACAGCCUUCGAGAGCUGUGUAUAUAUUCAUGAAGAAGGCCAAGAUACCUUUCAAGGAGAUGCCUGUAGCUCUUCGCAAAGGUGAGCAUCGAACAGAGGAAUUUGCUGCUAUCAACCCAUUUCAGUUAGUGCCCGUGAUUGAUGAUAAUGGAUUCAAGCUAACAGAGAGCAUCGCGAUAUUGCGAUACUUACAUCGGCAGUUUAAUGUUGCUGAUCAUUGGUAUCCCAAAGACUCCAGAAUCCAGGCACGAGUGGAUGAAUAUCUUGAAUGGCAGCAUAUUAAUACUCGUGUGAAUGGUUCGAUGUUCUUUCAGCAUAAGUUUCUGCUACCAAAGAUGUUUGGAAGAGAAGUUAACACAAGAAAGGUAGAGGAAUACCAAAACAAAUUGGAAACCACACUUCAUCAGUUUGAGACAGUGUGGCUCAAGGAUCGACCAUUCAUUGCUGGAGAUCAGCUAACUAUUGCUGACCUCCUUGCUGCUUGUGAAUUGGAACAGCCUAGUAUGGCUGACUAUGAUGUUCGUGAAGGGAGACCGUUACUUACUGCAUGGUUCAACCGUGUAAAAGAAGCCCUGCAGCCUGAAUAUGAUGAAGCUCAUAAUGUAGUUUAUAUUAUUCGAAAUAAAAGUGGAGGUAAAGUUUCAGGAGCUAAACUUUAAAAUGCUGUUCCUCCUUUCAUGUGGGAAGUAAUAACAGAAUUGGUAUCAAGAAAAGCUCAUGUUGUGCUUAGAGAUCCCAUGAUAACUGAAUUGCAAGUGCUUCCUGAGCAAAGUGGCAGAUUGUAGGCUCUUGUUAAUGUUGUUUUAAAACGGGUGAAUUCUGUAUGGUGCCUUAGUAAACGCAGUAGUAGUAAUAGUAGUAGUUGUGACGUUUAUGUAGCAUUUUUACCCUGUAGGUCACUCAGCAUACACAGGCAUCAAAAAGUAAUCACAGUAAAGCAGCUGUAACACCAAGGAAAGGUACAUUUCAAAAGAAAAGGGUUUCCCUACUUAAGAUGAACGUUGGUGGUUAAUCCAAAUUUUGUAACAUGGCUAAAUUUACCAAUGUUUAUCUGCUGUAUAAUGUAUAGAAAUAACCUUGAGUACAAAAUUUGAUUUGAAUAGUAAUUCAAAUAGUCAUUUUUUUAAAUUUGCAUAGUUAUUGAAAAUAUUUCUUAAUAAAAGUCUGUAUAUUUAAACAUAAAACAAACAAUUUUUAAUGUGCAUAAUUCUUAAAAAAUUUUUCUUUAUGAUCAUCCUUCAGAGUACAGACACAUGGUGUCUGUACUCUGAAGGAUGAGCAGGGAUGGUGCAGUUCCUAGGGUUAUACAUGUUAAGCCUGUACACUUCUGGCAAGACAGCUAAUGGAUGAGUGAUAGUGAAUGUGUUUCUUUGUUUGGUCAUCAUAUUUUGGUUGGAUGCAGUUAGUGUAGUAAAGAAAACAUAUUGUACAGUCUUAUUUACGAAUAUUACUUUUAUUAGAUGUUGACCACGUGUCUCAGGUAUAACUUGGGGGUAAGAAAAUAUACCUGUAAAUGCAUUUUCUCACUUGCCAUAGACAAAUAGUUUUUACAUGAGCAGUACAAUACUGUAUAUCAUUCAUCUGUUCAUAGAUGUGUUUGCAGAAAUUAAUAACCUUAAAUGACUAUCACAUUCUUUAUAUUUUAGUUUUUUCUUGAAAUUAACUGAUGGACUUCCCACUUAAAUGUCAGUAGGUAAUAUACUAUGGAGAAAACAUGGAAUUUGCCAUCAGUUUGCCUUUUUUUCUUUAUAGGUUGUAGUUUUAAAAUAUUCUUUUGUUUAACAUACAUUCUAACAGUAUAUUUUCUGUAUAGGUGAAUAAAUACACUUAGCCAUUUUACUAUAUUGUGAAGCAUGCUAAUAUUGGCAGAUGUACACAGCACAACUCAUAUAUAUAUAUAUCUAAAACAUAUAAAUAUUUUUUUGGGGUUAUAGCAUGAUUGUAAUUGCUUACAUAAAGUUGAAUUAAUAGAAUUUUACCAGAGUUCUGUUGCAUAUAAUAAAUAAAUAAAAAAUGUAA